UCGGUCACUUGUGGUAAAGGAAAUGGAGGUCAGUCUAACUACUCGUUCGGUAACUCCAUGUGUGAACGUAUUUGCGAACAAAGACGAAGAGAUGGUCUGCACGGACUGGCCAUACAGUACGGACCGGUCGGUGAUGUGGGAGUGUUUGAAGGAAGUGACCAAAUGCUACAAUUCGCGUCGUUUAGGAAACAGCGAAUCAACUCGUGUUGCGAUGUUUUGGACAAAUUGUUAACAAUUAAACAGCCGAUCGUUACAUCAUAUGUCAAAGUAGACCAAACUAAAGGUGAAUCGGGUGGCCGACAAAAGCGAAUGAUCAAGGAACUAUGGCGGGCACUGGGCAUUGAUCCGGACAACACCCCCAACUACCUAACCCUGGGUGAGAUCGGCAUCGAGUCUAUGUUUGCCGUUGAGUUACAGCAGGAACUGGAGAGGGAGUGGAAUAUGAAAGUGACUCUCAAUCAGGUCAAGAGUAUUACGAUC